AUGCUGCGCACUACCCUCUACUUUCCUCCGAACGCUUCAUUCGCUCUGCUGGGAAUGCGCUGUUCACUUCUAAUAUUUACAUUAAUCUUACAUCAAUGUACAGCAUGGGAGGUCGUUGUCACACCAAAUGGCGACCGUCUUCUGGAUCAAAGAACUGGAGAUAACUUCAUGGUUGCAUGUAAAGUGAAAGAUUAUGAUGGAGCUGCAAGUGAUGUGAAAGUGGAAUGGUAUAAAAAUGGAAACGUUGUAUCACGUAUGGGAAGUAUAAUGACAAUCUACAAAACCUAUGCUAAUCAACUACUUAUCAAUCGUCCAAAAAUAACUGAUGGCGGAGAUUAUGUAUGCAAGGCUGAGGUAAAUGGAGAGGAACAACAGACAACCGUUCGGAUUAGUUUUGCCGAUCCUCCAAAAUUUAUCAAUCCUGAAACUGAACAACAUCCUGAGGAAGGCUCCACUGCCGAAAUUGUUUGUCAUGUGGAAGGAACCGAAAAAUUGGAAGUUUUCUGGCAAUUUAACGGUACUAUCCUUGAAGAAGGGUCACCACGAGGUUACGAAUUCCAAAACGACAGACAAAUCCUUCUAAUACCGGAAUAUGAUUCGAAAAAGGAUGAUGGUAUUUACAAUUGCAAUGCAGCACAAUUUUCUUCGUUUGAAACUCUUGCCAUCAAUGUCACCGGCUACUCUCGUCCCGUAAUCACAGUUUUUGAUACUCCCGACAACAAUAUUGGUUUUGAAGGAGCUAGUGCGAAAAUACAGUGUGGAGCUGUUGGGAAGCCAAAACCACAGUAUCAGUGGUUCGACAAGGCCGGAGAGAGUAUCGGUGACUCAGACAAAUACAAAGUUCACGAUGGUCUCUUGGUGAUCGAAUCUUUGUCCGAACAGGACGGUGGCGAGUACAAAUGCGUGGCUUCUAAUGCAGUAGGCAACGCAUCUCAAACUGCUGAGUUGAAAGUACUCUUGAAACCUCGUGUUGAAAAACUGCAUGACUUCACUAAAAAAGAAAAUGAAGAUGUGGAAAUUGUCUGCAAAUAUAGUGGAGAUGGUAUCACCGGCACCAAAUUUAUAUUUGGAUCAGAAGAAUAUUCGGUGAUUGAUGAUGAGGAAAAGGAUAAGGAGUUAUCACCUUCUGACGACGAAAAUGAUGAAGAAGCAGAUGCAGAGAAUACGAACAAUAGGACUGAAGAAGAUGAUGCCGGUGAUGAUGAUGAUGAUGAGGAUGAGGAGGAAGACGAAGAGGAGAAAGAGAAUGCUAGAAUUAAGAGGUUUGAAGAGGAUGUGGCUUCGGAGCGUCUGAGCGUGCGAGCUGAGGAAGACUCUUUGGUCCUUCGCAUACGAAAUUUAACUAUGACAGAUGCUGGACAGUAUAAAUGCGCUGUAGCUAAUAAAGCAGGAUGGACCGAACGCGCUUUCAAUAUCGCUAUCACACAUCCACCAAUUCUUCGUCGGGCCUCCGAUGACCAAAUCCGUUCAUUUGAUGGUAAUACCAUUCACAUUUUCUGUGAAGUUUCAGCCGUUCCCAGCCCAUCAUGGAUGUGGCUUAAAGAUGGAAAUGAGGUUGAAGCCGAUGGUUCAUCCGUCGUUAUUGACACUAACGAUGGACGCUCCACGUUGACCUUGCAGAACAGUGCAGGAAGAAAUUACGGUAACUACACUUGUAAAGCCGAUAAUGGUGUAGGCAUUUUCACAAAGGCGAUCGAAAUCAUCCAUGUGUUCCCACCAGCAAUUCCUGAGGGUAUCGACUGCAAGAAACGUUUGUAUCCCAAUUAUGGAAAGUGUUCUAUAGAUCAUGACUUGUAUAACGACUAUGCUAGCCGACCAUCCCGUAUGGAAUUCCAGAUUCUUGAAACUGAUGAUCACUCUAUGGAUGAAACAGACUGGAAUGAAGCUCGUGUGAUUUCAGUUGAUUUCGAUGCGGAAGAAAUGGUGGUACGGAAUUUGACUCCGAAUACACAGUACUCGGUGAGAGCUAGAGCAAUAAAUGAGGCUGGCGACAGUGACUUCUGCCAACCUACCUUAAUGGAAACAACCGAUCCAUGGGCGCCCAAGAAACCAGAGCACGUUCGUAUGGAGUGUGACGAAAUUUGCACUGUUUACUGGACGCAGCCGAAUGAUCAUGGAUCAGAAAUCACUGCUUAUCGCGUGGGAGUUCAGGAGUUCAUUGAAAAUGAAGAAACUGGCGAUGAAGAAGACGUUGGUAGUCCUUUUACUGUUGAAGUUGGAGGCAACGAAAGAUCUCUCGACUUGACACACAUUCGCCCUCAUUCGUCAUACCGAGUUACAGUUUCCGCUAUAAAUGCGAUUGGAGUUGGCGAGACCGAAGAAGUCGAAGUUGACACGGAUGAUGCUCCGCUGUCAAUUAGCGAAUCUUUCCUCAUGCCAAAGCUGCCCCUUAUUGUUGGAAUAUCUCUCAUUGUUAUUUUAAUCGUUAUUGACCUCAUCUGUUAUUCAACGUAUCGAUGUGGUCUCAUCGCUUGUUUCUGUAUCAAUUGUUUGGGAAGAGCUCCACGAGAUCACAAAGAAAAAGAUGUUGAGGCGGGAAGAGGAGAGAACAAUAGACUAUUGGAUAAUCAAGCAUCUAGGAAGUUUGUGAGUCCUCCGCUGAUGCUACACACUAUACCGUUAACAACUACCGUAUGA